AAAAUUCGCUUAAUGUGCGCCAGCGGUGUCGAAUAUUCGAGAUAAAUACCGGAAGGUAUUCGAUUCUUGACGACAAUUUCGGCGCUGACGGUUGCAAGUUAUUCAAAACUGCUCUUGCGUAUUUCACCCAAAAUUUUACAAAAUUUCUUCAUAGAACUCCAUCAAUCAAUCAAUUUUUACCGUAAUUAUUUUAGUGGUUUUAGGUGUUUCCUAUAUAAAAUUAAUUAGAAACCAUGGCUAAAUGGGGCGAAGGUGACCCAAGGUGGAUUGUAGAAGAAAGGCCUGAUGCCACAAAUGUAAAUAAUUGGCACUGGACAGAAAAAAAUGCCAGUCCUUGGUCUCAGGAGAAAAUUAAAGAACUAUUUAAAAACGUCCAGGUUAACACCACUGAAGCGGAUAUUAGAAUAACAGAAGUAGACAAGUGUACAGGAGAAGCUUCUGCCAACAAUCGAAAAGGAAAACUAAUCUUCUUUUAUGAAUGGGAUCUAACCUUAAAAUGGAAGGGAAAACUUAAUAAUGAGGAUAGUAAAGAACAUAGUGGUAAAAUAAAUGUACCAAAUUUGUCAGAGGAAAAUGAUGUUGAGGAUUUAGAUAUUCAAAUUACCAUUGACAAUGAAGAUAAUGAUGGGGAAAAGCUGAAAAAGAUUAUGUUUAAUAAGGGCAAAGAACUUGUUAGACAACAAUUGAGUAAAUACAUCUCAGGUUUAAAACUAGAAUUCUCAAAAGGUAUGAUUUUGCCAAAGAAGGAUGAAGUUAAACCAGAACAAGUUAAACUUUUAACAAGUGGUUUUAACAAGAAAGUGAAUAUGCAACCAGUUCAAUCACAACAACAAAGCUUGGGCUUAAAAAUAGAUACAACCACCAUAAAAGACACAAUAAAGUUCCAAUGCACUGCCCAAGAAUUCUUUGAUGCAUUGACUAGGGUUGAAUUAGUUACAGCUUUCACCAGGGGUCAUGUUAAAUGUGAUGCAUUUAAGGGGGGUAAAUUCGAAUUGUUUGGUGGUAACAUUGUAGGGAAGUUUGAAGAAUUGGUUCCUGCAAAGAAAAUUGUUAAACAAUGGCGGUAUAAACAGUGGCCUGAUGGGCAUUUCUCAACUGUUACUUUGUUAAUUGACCAGAAGGAUGAUCACACUCUUGUGUCCUUAGAGCAAACAGGAGUACCCUCAAGUGAGGCUCAGGUGACCAAGGACAACUGGCAGCGGUAUUAUUGGGAUGCAAUGAAACAGGCGUUUGGUUUUGGGGCUUUCUUCACGUAGUUCUGUAUUUUAUCGGCGCUAUUGAUAUCAUUUUUAACUGUAGCACCAACAUCCUAGUUCAUGUGUUUAUGUAUUAUAGCUGAAUUUUACAUAAAUUUUUAUAUUAAUUUAUUACCACAAGCUACUCUUUAAUUUUGUUUAUUUUGCUGUGAAUUUUAAUUUUAUACAGUUGGUUAAAUGAAGGUAAGAUUGAAAAUACAGGAUGAGAAAUUGUCGA